AUGCGUCGUGCGCUCACCACUACGCACAUGACGGUGUCCGAUGAUGUGUCUUGGCGGAAGAUUCCCCGGAGCAAGUGGUAUUGCGGAUCCCACGGCAGUGGCAGCGAGCCGAACAAGGAUGGCAAGAAGCCGGUCUUGCCGGAGGAUUAUGCAGAGGUGUCUUGCGUCGCGGGGAAGGACACGCGGCUCAAUUUGGUGGAGCUCACGCGCCGUCAGCGCAAGAGGCUGCGCGAGAAGUACUACUGGGAUCAUGUCUUGUGGACGCAUAGCCGGCAGCUGCAGCGGCACCGGUUGUGGAUGCGAGCGAAGGAGGACAGGGAGUUUCAUGAGAUCAUCGAAGAGUAUCAGGAGAUUCUGCGUCGGGAGUACGAGCAGAUGGCGCAGAAGCAGGCAGCUAUCAGCGUGCCAAGGAUUGCGGCCAGGCGGGAAGUUCAGCCGAAGCCCGACGAGGAGACCGCGCGGGAUCGCAAGCAAGAUGUUUGCUUGAUUGAUGCGUUGAGGAAAUGUUUACGAAGUGUCGACGUGAAGGACUGUGCCAUGCCCGGCAAGUACGUUCUUUUCCGAGCCAAGCAUUUCAUGUCCCUAGAGGUGCGCGCAGAUGGCACGAAUAUGUGGCGUACCACCUGCAAGCGUCAUGUUGGCUGCGCCGAUGUGAAACUACCUCUUCUGCUACGUGCGAUGGAAGCCGCUUUCCAGCUGAAGGAGCUGUCCAUUUCCUUUUGCGAGCAAGAGACAGAUGUCUUGGGCGGUGCGAGCUCGGAGAUUCCAGUAGUUGAGAAGAUGCUGGAGUCCAGUGCAACGCCGAGCAGUUUGGCUGGAGAGGGCAGCGCAAGCACUGCUCUGCAGAGCCCAGCUGACUGGCUACAAGUGUGUCGCAACCGAGCGCGGGUGCUUGAGCGGAAGCGCAAGACGACUCAAGACGUGGAGGAGCACAGCUCUUCUUCUACGUGCAGCUUCGCACACUCUUGGAACUUGGCCAUGCCACCAAUGACUCUACAAUGUUUUGGAGUCGCAGGCUCACCGGCGCAGGGCGUGCGCAUACCUCUGCUGCCUUUAGAUGAGGGCAUCGUCGCAUUGCCGGUCCAUCCUACCGGCCAGGAGGUGUCCCCCGAGUUCACGUGGCUGCGCCGCUGCCACCCCCACGAACUGGAUGCUGCUAUUCGAUUCCAGCAAGACGGGCACAAGUACUACGUGCAUGAUGCAGAAAUGGACUGCUCUGUCACAUCGCUCAUUGCGAAGUUCUCUGAGGAGUUUGAUGCAGAUCGGAUCAUCCAGAAGAUGAUGGCCGGACAUCGCUGGCCUCGGGAAGGAUACAUGAAGAAUCUUCAGGAUGAGUCUCUCCAGAUAAGGUUUCCGUCGCAGCAGGUUUCCGUCGUCCUCCGGAACACGCUCUACAAGUGCGACGAGACAGCUGCAUCUCUUCUCCAGCAGCUUGUCAUGACUCCUGAGGAGAUCAAGGUGCAUUGGAGAGAAAAUGGGGAAACCGCAGCUGCAGCCGGCACGUGGGUGCACUUGCUGUGCGAGUGCGUCCUCAACGGGGGCACAGUGACGGGUGUGUCAGAGGAGAUGCGAAGCUUCAAUGCCUUCCUGCGCAGCACGCAGCCUCUCAUUGCCUACCGCACGGAGUGGUGUAUCUGGGCUUCGGCUGAGAAGAUUGCAGGCUCCAUUGACUUCGUUGCACAGGAUGCGCAGGGCGACCUCGUUCUGUUUGACUGGAAGAGGACCAAGGGUCUGCCAGACAAGUUUGAGAAUCGUUUCGCCUGCAUGAAGCCUCCUCUGGGUCAUCUUCCUGAUGCUACUGGUGUGAAGUACCGGCUGCAGAGGGCGUGA